AUGGAGGUAUCCUACACUCUUUUGCAUGAUGAGGCUGAGUGGCGAAAAUCUCUAAUAGAAGGAAAUGUGCAAUAUGAGCUAUUCUUGAGCAUUGGCGAAGACUCAUUCGUAGGGAGUGUCUCAAUCCAAUUUUUUUUGAAUUCGGCUCCUACAAAACUUUGGUUGGAUUACUCAGGGAAAUUUAUUAAUUCCAUUGAAGUCAAUGAUUCUAUUUGCCAAUCAACUAGGUCUGAUAAUAAAUUGUACCUCAAAUGCCUCAAGCAAGGCCUGAACCAAAUUCAAAUAUCAUUUGAGUCUUACUACUCCACUAAUGGAACAGGAUUGCAUAAGUUCACAGAUCCUAUGGAUGGUCGGACUUACAUAUAUUCAUAUAUGUGCCCAUACUAUGCCAAUAAAGUGUUCCCUUGUUUUGAUCAGCCUGACAUCAAAGGGGAAUUUACAAUCACACUUGAAGCUAAUGAAGACUUCAAGGUAUACUCCAACGUAAUUAUGAGAUAGGAAGAAGUACGGUCCAGGUCAAGGGCUUAUGGCAGAGCAAACCACAUUUUCUGCCCAACAAAACCUAUAAGCACUUAUAUUGUCGCAAUUAUUUGUGGAGAAUUCACAGGGAGGAAAGAUGAGCUGGAUCGGGGAAUUUUUUGCCGUCAAAGUUUGUUUAAUUUUAUUCAAUUUGAAGGGGUUUUUGGCUGGACUAGAGGAGGAAUGAACUUUUAUCAGGAGUUUUUUCAAAAAGAGUAUGCAUUCGGGAAAUACGACCAAGUGUUUUGUCCUGAAUUCAACAUGGGUGCCAUGGAGUGUGCCGGAUGUGUGGAAAUUAAUGAUAAUUAUGUAUGAAAAGAGCAAGCAGUAAAAAGCGAAGAGUUUUGGCUAUAUAAUACUGUUCUUCAUGAAAUGUGCCAUAUGUGGUUCGGGAAUCUAGUCACACUGAAGUGGUGGGAUGAUUUAUGGCUCAAUGAAAGCUUUGCUACUUAUUUCUCAUUCUUCACGAAACUUUAUAUGCUGGGGAAAAAAUAUGUCCGAGUGAAGAGAUGCUAUCCAAAAGGGAAGGUGGUGGCUUAAAACCUUCCUUGGCUUGGGUGAAGGCAACCAGCCCAUCAGAAAUCCCCUGGCAAAGGUUAUUAUCCGUUGUACAUAUUUCUUAAUGUGCAACUGAUUAUAUUCCUUGACGGAGGAAGAGAAGUCCAUCGUAAAAUACAAUACUCUCCCUUGAGCUUGAAUUUUUCCUGAGAUGGGUUUUUGUCUCACAACCGAAUGCUAUGACAGUGAUUCCAUUGUUUCCUGGAGUAGGUGCUCGUUAAUCAAAUUAAAGGCCUAAGAAGACUUAGCUCUUAAACAUGUUAAUAAGCUCCAAUUAAAAAUAAAUUCACACACUCAUUCUACGCAAAUGAAGAAAUCGCAGGCGGUGAUUCAUGGAUAUCAUUUUUAGAAAAUAAAGUAAGGGGUUAUGCUGCUGAUACUCUUAAAUCAACUCAUGCUGUCCGAGUACAAGUUACAGAUACUCAAGAAGCCAUCUCAAACUUAGAUUCCAUCACAUAUUGAAAAGGAGCUUCCCUCUUAAAGCAGCUCAUUUUUACGAUGGGCUUGGAUGCGUUUAGACGAGGGAUGGUGUCUUAUUUCAAUAAAUACGAAUUCCAGAACGUGACAGUUUAUGAUUUUGUUGAUACUUUGCAAGACGAAACUGAAUUUAACCUUAGAGAUUGGACACAAGAAUGGGUCUUAGAAGCUGGAAUAAAUUCUAUAAGAAUUGUAAAUGCUAUUUAGGAAUGGGAAGUCGAAGAUGGGAUCAUUUUAAAUGCAACGGCUUAUCAGAAUAUUACAAGUGGGACUAUUUUGAGAAAGCACGUUUUACUUGUAGAAGGAAUGAAUGAAGAAGGAACUCUUUUUAAAGAAAAAAUUAAAAUUUCUAAUGUAGAGCAACAAAUUGUUUUAGAACUUAUAGGGAAGCCAGCGCCUAAAGGCAUUAUUGUAAACUCUGAAGACCACGCAUAUGUAGAAAUCCUUAUUGAUUCGAAGUCUUUGGAAUUUUUCUUUAUAAACAGACAAAUAAACUCAAUCUCUCUUCUAAACCGAGGAGUGCUUUGGCUAUCAAUUUGGUCUCUAGUAGAAGAACAGCUACUUUCUUCCACAGUUUUCCUUGAUCUUGUAUCACAACUUUUGCCAUCAGAGCCUUGCGACGAAAUAGUUGACAUAAUUCUUGGAAACGCGCUGAAAGCAACAUUUAAUUAUUUGCCUUAUGAAAUGAUUUCCGCUCAUAGUCAAUCUUUGGUUCAAGCAAUCAAAGAGAAAUUGUCUAAUAAUGCAGCUGAUAAAAAUACACGUAAGCUUUAUUUAGAACGAAAAUUAUUUGGAUUUUUAUUUUCAGACGACGACAUCAGAGAAGCUUAUCGAUACUCUUUAUCUCUGGCACGAGCUGAAACAUGGAGAGGGAUAAUGUCGCUGGCUUCGAUUAUCCCUUAUGAAGAAAUCAAAGAUAUACUUGCCCAAGAACUUAAAUAUGACACGACUGACAACUCACUCAAAUUGAAAUUAUAUUGUGAUGGUGCUGCAUUUGAUAAUAAAAAAUUUUCUUGGGAUCUGAUUUUGAGUAGAGGUGAACUCUCAUUGUCUCAAUUGGAAUUUCUGAUGAAGGGAUUUAACCAAUUUAACCAAAAAGAAGUGCUAAAGGAAUAUGCCCAGCAGUUUUUCGAAUAUUUACCAUCUAUUUUUAAUUCUCAAGAUAGAGAAUAUGCUGAAGCAUUUUUCAGAUAUCUUCUACCUAGAUAUGAAAAGCCUGAAGUAAAUAUUGAAAAAUUGCUAAAAAUUAACUCGAACCAGAAAUGAGUACAAAGAAUAUUAGAUGAAACAAUUGAAUCGUUGAGAAAGGAUAGCUCGUGCCAGAUGGUUGUUAAGGCAAUGCUUGAUGAAAAUAAAGAAUCUUCUUAG